AUGACGGGCGCGUCGUCUCCUUCCAACGAGGCAGACGUCUCGCCGUCUGGCAAUGGCAAUAAGAAGCGUCGCCUCAACACUCCGCGCACCAGUCAGGCAUGCACGCGCUGCCGAAGUCUCAAGAUGAAGUGUAUCGGCGCAACGGACCCACCGUGUCGCCGCUGCCGCCGGACGGGAGCGGCGUGUGACUUCGUGCCGCGUGCCAACGCCGCACGACCCUGGUCCCCAGGGCCUUACCCGAGCCACACGUGCACGGAACUGUGGCGUAGUGAGGUGAAUAACCGACUCAAAGCCCUCGAGGCGGCCAAUGCACGCAUAGAGCGUCUCGAGGCGCUCCUUGCCGGGCACAAGCUUCCGCCUAUCGCCGGUCCCGCCCCGGUCUUAGAGAACGGUCUUGACCCCGAAUUAGAAGACGUGGAGCCCGAGUUCGCGGGCGUUCUAUCGGCACUCGAGCGACUCAAACGUGAGCUUCCUGCUCAUCUAGCGUGCGAUGAGGCGUGGGCUCCGCAGACCGUUAGACGACUAUGGGAGAAUUUCCGUGACCACAUGCCUGGCCUUCACUUCUUUUCGGGGCAGGUAUCCUUUUCACGCCCCACCCCCCUUUUGGCAGUGUCGAUUCUGUACGUUGCCACGGCACACUACACGUCGCCCGGCAUGGGACGCUUCCAACCCGUCUACUUCGCCGCUUUCACGCGCGCUGUGGGAACGCUAGCGGUCCCCGACUGCCCGAUCCGUGGAACUUGCUCGGCGGCAGAGGAUGGCGAGCCCGUCAGCGCCAAAUUUGAUGAUGUGCUGGGGAUCAUCCUUGUCGGUCUUUUGGCGUUAGGCUGGGUCGACACGGUAGGCAUGUGGGUCAACACCGCUUAUCGCCUCCUUCUGGAUGGGAUGGCGGAGGAGCGGGGCCGGCGCCUUCACGAUUGGCGCAGCCUAUGGGAAGGUUUGCGUACGAUCGAGCUUGAGCACUCAAGCCUGCACCUCAUCUGCCCCGCACUACCUCGUGACCCGCCGGAUCCACCUUUCUCAGCGACGGAGCAACGUGAGCCACGCGAUGCUGGCGGUUCAAUUGGCCAGCUCCUCGCAAUCAUGCAGCGCUGCAUGCCGCGCUUUGUUGGCCGCGGCCUCCCUACCGUGUGGGCGACGGUUUGCGCCCCUCAGUCCGCCUUGCCCGACAUAAGUGCAGAGCCAGAGGACAUGGCGGCCAUUCAAGCAUGGGCUGCUGAGAUCGACGCGUGGUACAAUCAGGUGGCGGCUGAGACAAUCAACGCGACCAAUUAUAUCAAGUCUAUCACGCUGCUCAAUUACCACCUGCACAAGAUAUUUGUUCUUUCCAUCUUUUUCCCCCUUCGGGGGAUCUCGUAUACCUCCGCGUCGGAGCGCAUUGAACUGCUACAAUCUGCGCGUGUUGUGCUCAAAAUUGAACAGAACUUUGAGGUGUGGAGCUCGUGGGAUCUUGUCAUGGUAACGAACGCGUCGCUCGUACUGCUCCAAGCGUACGCGCAGGGCGCCGGUGCUCAGGAGGACAUCGACCUGGUCCAAUACCAUCUUAACCUGCUGAAUGGGACCCACCAGACCGCUCCAAGUCUGCGUCACACACUGAGCACGCGUCUCGAGACGGCACUGCAGGCGAUGCGGACGCCUGUGCGCACUCUCCGCCCGCUGCCUACCAUCAGCCCCAAUGUACCACAUGAGGCUGAGGUUGUCGAUUGGCAGUUCCAAACGGGCGCGCCGCCCAUGCAAGCCGCUCAAGUCGUCGGGCACCAGGACCGUGGCUUCCUUUUCAUGGACCAGGUGCCCGACCUCGGCCUGCUGCCUGCCGUGUCGAACCUUGACGUUGUAAGCAACUCCGUCGCGGAGUGGCCGCCAUUCCUCGCCAGCUUGUUUGGAUACGACACCAGCGCGGCUGGUCCGGGCCAGCAGUUUCAAGGCGCGAUGUGAGUGGGCGUUUUAGUGCAAGGACGCGGAGUUCCGCAAGAUUAGAGGCUUUACGGAAA